UUCGUGUGAUAUAGAGCGUCAUAAACAGAUCUAGACAGUUUAUCUUAGAUCAGAAGUGGUAGCGUGAGCGCAAUAGUAAAUUUUUGGACAUUUAGUCAAUGCCGGGAACUCUGGCAUAAUAAUAACAAUACUGCUUCUCAACCAGUUCAGUGAAUAUUUUGAAUAAUUUCAAAUUUGUGCCAUUCGAUGUUCGACAAUUUAACUGCAACAUCUUUACCAGACAAACUAAUGUCGUAACGUGAUCCAUGAUAACUAUAUAAUAUCUUUUGGAGAGGUUCUUCUUUCAGUUAUUAAGUUAUGCGGAGGGAGCAGUUUUGGCGUUAAAUAGAUUAAAUUGGCAUGGUUUCGUUUCCUUAAUUAUUUAUAAUAUUGAGUAUUGUAGAUUUCAUUUCGUUAUAUAACAGUUUAUUAAACUUGAUAUUAUUUACCCUGUACAGUCCCAAUGCUCACAUGCUAAACUCCGGUCUCAUGAUAGAGAUUAUAAUACAUCGACAAGAAAUUGGAUUUGGAUUCACUGUUUGCGGAGAGAACCCUCCAGUGGUUGACUCCAUAGCACCGGGCUCCCCUGCUGACCUGGCAGGGCUUCAGAAGAACGACAUCCUCAUCUCUAUAAACGGUCUCUCAGUCAAACAUGCACCUCACGAGGUGGUCAUUAACUUCAUGAGGUCCAAGAGCAAUGUUGCAGUUGUGGUCACCCGUGACCUUGAGGGGUCGCAGUGUAAAUACUGUCAGUACCCGACCAUAACACGCGUGAGCAACGCCACCCACCCGCAACCAACAAUGCUGACAACUCUACUCUACAUUGGGUCACAUGACCUGCACGCUCACUCUGUAGACCUCGACUCUAUCUACUCAACUAUAGAACUCUUGAAACAGUACGAUACAAAUGUUGAGACAAUAGUAACGAUGGAGGUCAACUCACGUGGUAUAAGCGUGGCUAACGCAGCAGACAAAACCCUUGCGUUCUACAAUAUCCUAUCUCUUAGAUACUGUGGCAUGUGGCCCAAAGAUAAACGGUAUUUCGGUCUGAUAACAGAGAAGAACAGAAAACACACGUGUCACGUGUUCAUGACGGACCUGACGAGCACUGAACGGUUCUUGGCUCACUUCGGGCACGCAGGGUUAACUAUUAAGUCAGCUAACGGCACUAUAGGGCACAAACACAAGGUCAGAGUAGCAACACACAUUGUGCGCGGGUUUGCUAGUGUUUACAGACAUAGAGAUGAUGUGCAGGUAGACCAAACCAAGACAAAUUCUGACAACAUGGACACUGAAUCUGUAUUUUACGAUAACACUGAUAUGGACACGGCCAGGGGAACAAGACAGAGUGUUCUCUCGUUAAACUCCAUACAGUACGAUUCCAUCGCUCAGUUCGCUGAGAAUGUGAACCCUCAGCAGACUCCCCUGAACAACCAGUUCAGUCAAGUAGUGGGGGAAACAUCCCGUAUAGCAGAGUGGGCUAAAGGGUUCGACAAGCUUCUGGAGGACCCUGAUGGGGUGGCUUACUUCCAGGACUUCCUCAAGAAGGAGUAUGCGGACGAGAACAUUAAGUUCUGGUUGGCUUGCAGGAAAUACGAAGGAAUGUCCGACCAGAAAAAGCGUCAAGAGGAAGCAGCCUUCAUAAUAUCAGAGUAUCUAGUAUCCGGAGCUCCCAACCCUAUCAAUAUAGACGCUAGUGGUAGGGAGGAGGUGGUUAAAAGCUGUCACCUGGCUCACCAUCAUCUCUUCAAACCAAUGCAGAAACAGAUCUACAAUCUGAUGAUGUACGGGAAGUACUGGCAGUUUACCAGAAGUGAUGACUAUCUGAACCUCCUGGAGCAGGAGAAACUGGGCAAGUCGCCAAUAUUCAAGCACAUCACCAGCCCCAAGGAUGGGAAAAGGAAGAAUGCGAUCAACGAGAACGCGCAUAAUAGCCGCAACCGGAAAUUUUUCAGCUUCUUCGGGAUAAGAAAACGUGAAGAAACAGAAGUGAUCCAGAGUAACAAACACAACAACCACAUAAACAACAACAACAACAGCAACAACAACAACAACAAGACCCAUCACCAUAACAACAACCACCAUAACAACAACCAUCACCACCACCACCCGGUUACCAAGCACCAGGUGUUGUUGGAGAUGCCCAACUGUACCCUGAGGAGAGCUUACUACAACGGUCAGGAGAGUGUUAAGUCUUGUGUGGAGCGAGCCCUCGUUAACACUGGAGUGAAUCUGAAUUGUUACCACAUCUGCAUGAAGAAGACGGGAGAAGUUAUCGACAUUCAGCGACCUGUUAACCAGUUCUCCAACAUGACUCUCAGUUUCCUGAACACUCCUACUUUUCAGAUCUCAAUGUCUAACAACAAGAAGUUCAAGUUCUGCACGUCCCACGGGAAGACUUUGAAAGACAUUUGUAAGAGCGUACUCAGUGAAAACAGCAUCGAUCUUAGAUCUAUCAUCUUAUUUGAGCGAGACAGCAGAAGUUACGUCAGACUUGACACUCAGAGCAUCCUGGUAGCCAACAAGAACCUAGAAGUGAGGGAUAUCUCCCAGAGAUCUACUUCUGUUCCCAGAUUGGGCAUGAGGAAGGUACCCAGCAAGAGCAAUGUCAGGCGCAGCGUGGAAGUAAAAAACCCUCGUUGCAGUGUGACGGUAGGCUGCAGUGGAAGUCUGGAGAGUAACCUGGAUCUGCUGAGCAGUGUUAUGGAGAGCUCAGACGAUGACGCCACCGACUUUAACGCUAACGGUGGUCAGCUCGUCAGAUCUCAAUCUGAACUAGAGUUUUUCGAGUUGCUGAACAGAGUCCAGUGUGACAGACUUGACAAUCAGCGCUGCUCUCAUCCUACUGUAUUGAAGAACUUGUCCCUGGGAAGACGCAACGACUCAGUCAAGACCUCAAAGAAGGGAUUUCCGAGCCGUAAAACCAGCAAGACAGACUCUCCCUCGCCCAGCAACGUGACUCCCCCACCUAGCUGUCCGGAGCAAGUGUCGCCUCAGAACCCGGAUAUCCGGAGUCCCUCCGAACCCUCACUCUCAACCAAACAUUCCGUUUCCAGUCAUAGUCCUGGAAGGGGUGACUCCGAGGAAGAUAUUGAUUACUGCUGAACUACUCUCGUCAUCACGUGAUAUCUCGUCUUAUACUGUGUGUGUCGUCACGCUGAAAAUCACGCGUUACUUAUGUGACGUCACGCUGAAAAUCCCGCGUUACUUAUGUGACGUCACGCUGAAAAUAAUGCGAUUAUUGUCGCAGAUUCAGGAUAACGUAUUGAUCACGUAAAAGCGAAUCCAUAGAGACCAGACAAUAUUAUUUUGUACAGAGGAAGAUAUCACAAGUAAUGCGAUACGUCUUAUCAAACUGUUAGUGAUCGCAAGGGUUCGUGACGGUAUCAUUCAUGUCACUACUUGUGACCUCAGUACGUGUAGUAUCUAUAAAACUUUAGGAUCAGGACAUCUUCAUUCCAAGUUCCGAUGAUCUUUGACAGUGAGCUUACAGUUACUCAUUUUGGUCGACUAGAAGAAAAUGCGUCAGCGUUUCUUUGUAACGCAGACAAGCGUUAGUUAAGUAAACUUUACAACCAUUUCUGUUGUGAUAAUUGCUUUGUGGAAACUCUUGAACAAUUUAAUUAGCUAACCUCUGUUAAUUGAGCGGCUAAUUAAUUAGAAGUUGAACUAAUUAAAAUAAUUAGUCUUUAAUUAAUUCGAUAUUUGUGUUUAACAAGAGACUCGUUCCCUCUUAAAUUUAACGUAUUUGUUUAUAAUUAUAUCAACUGAAUAUAGUUUGUUGAAUUUCAAGGUAAAUGCCGCCUGGCCAGUAUAAUUAUUAAUUUUAAAUAAAGAAGAAUAAAAAAGAAAUUCGAUACUUAUCACUUUAUCAAUCAUACUUUUUCCCGACAUCAUGAUAAAUUUGUACAAUAAAAUGUAUAGCUUGUACGAUCGUUUUUAUCAUGAAAAAACUCAAGGAUGUAAAAAAUGUCUAGUAAAUUAUUUAAAAUUUGUUAAAAACAGUAAAUUAUUUUCAGCCUUUUCAUUUACUUCAUGUCGCUUAUUUGUAUUCUUAUUCAGUGUAAUGUUAAAUAUUUCAUUCAAGUAUUUGACUUUCAUGGAUAACUGAAUAAAUUGUUUUCAUCA